AUCCAGCCCACUCCCUGUACUUCAUCAAAGCAGCUUUCGAGUUCUCAGGGUGAAGAUCAAAUCAAGCCGACGAUUUUCGUCACCGAUUUCAUUACGACAUACUUUUAGAUCGUUAAUUCGCCAUGAAGUCCUACGUCAUCUUGGCUCUCCUCAUCCUGGGGCAUUUGUGCCAAAUUCAAGCAGCCACGCUGAGCAAGCCAGCAAUGAGCACGGACGAUGCCAAGAAACUCCUCAUCGAGAAACUUUCCCAUUCCAUCAUGGAACACCGUGAAGAACUGCUCGAGGCUCUUCAGGGAAUCAACCCCACAGGAGACGUAACGGACGAGCAGUUCCUUCCAGUCCUGCUGCCUUUAAUUACGGCCAUUGCCGGAGGGGCGAUAUCCGGAGCUGUUGGAGCCGGUGUGGCCGUAGCAGUUCAGAAAGGCUGAAUCUAUCUUCUAUGGCAUUAUUUUCAGUACAAUAAAUUAUUCUACAUUUACAAUC